AUGGGAGACAAUAUGACAUCUAUUACAGAAUUCACCCUACUGGGAUUUCCCCUUGAACCAAAGAUUCAGAUGACUCUCUUUGGGCUCUUCUCCCUAUUCUACAUCUUCACCCUGCUGGGGAAUGGAGUCAUCUUGGGGCUCAUCUCCCUAGACUCCAGACUUCACACCCCCAUGUACUUCUUCCUCUCACACCUGGCUUUGGUUGACAUAGCCUAUGCCUGCAACACAGUGCCCCAGAUGUUGGUGAACCUCCUCGACCCAGCUGAGACCAUCUCCUUUGCUGGCUGUCUCACACAGACCUUUCUCUUUUUGACCUUUGCUGUCGCCGAGUGUCUUCUCCUGCUGGUGAUGUCUUAUGAUCGCUAUGUGGCCAUCUGCCGUCCUCUGCAUUAUUCUGUUAUCAUGAGCUGGAGAGUUUGCAUCACCCUGGUGGUGACUUCCUGGGCAUGUGGAGUGUUUCUGUCCACGAUUCAUCUAGUGUUACUUCUACCCUUACCUUUCUGUCGAUCCCAGAAAAUUAAUCACUUUUUCUGUGAGAUUAUGGCUGUUCUCAAACUUGCCUGUGCAGACACUCACAUUAAUGAGAUCAUGGUGAUCGCUGGAGCAACUUCAGUGCUCGUGGGACCCUUCUCCUUUAUUGUGAUCUCAUAUAUGUGCAUCCUCUGUGCCAUACUUAGAAUCCAGUCAGGAGAAGGUCGAAGAAAGGCCUUUUCUACCUGCUCCUCCCACCUCUGUGUGGUUGGACUGUUUUAUGGCACAGCAAUUAUCAUGUAUGUUGGGCCUCGAUAUGGAAGACCCAAGGAGCAGAAGAAGUAUCUUCUAUUGUUUCACAGUCUUUUUAAUCCCAUGCUCAACCCUCUUAUAUACAGUCUUAGGAACUCAGAAGUGAAAAAUAGUUUGAAAAGAUUGCUUGGAGUAGAGAGAGUUUUAUGA